AUGGUGCUACAACUCAGCGGCUCGGCAUUCAUCACCGGCGCUGGAGGUGGAAUCGGCCAAAGCGUCGUUCUCGCCUUCGCGCGCUACGGGGUCAGCAAACUAGCCCUCGUAGACGUGAAUCCCGACCACCUAGAGGAUACACGGAAGCUGCUGAAUUCACAAUACCCCCACGUCGAGACGACUCUAUUACCGGUCGACGUCUCAGACGAGCCAUCCGUUCAAAACGCGAUCGAGAAUGUCGCUAAGGAAUUCAAAAGAAUCGACUACGCCGUCAACUGUGCUGGUAUCGGUGGGCAUCAUGCCCCGACGCACGAGAUGCCCUUGAGGGAGUGGCAACGCGUUAUUGAAGUUAAUCAGACGGGUGUGUGGCUUUGUCAGAAGUAUCUUGUUUUGCAGAUGUUGGAGCAGGAGUCUCGUGGGGUUCGUGAAGGUCGUGGUGUGAUAGUUAAUGUAUCAUCCAUGUAUGGACGGGUUGCUCCCCCAGCGGCCGCCGGCAUUGCGCCGUAUACGGCAGCGAAGCAUGCCGUAAUGGGAUUAACGAAGACGGACGCGAGGCUAUAUGCUCCUAUGGGCAUCAGAAUCAAUGCAAUUUGUCCUGGUUACGUCGACACCCCUCUCAUUCAAGGACGCAUAGAAUCUGGUGUCAUGGAGGAAGAAUUCCGAAGAACUCCAGCCGGAAGACCUGCUAUGACCGAAGAGAUAUCAGAUGCAAUUGUGUUUCUCUCGUCGCCGAUGGCAAGUUUUAUGCAUGGAGUUGGGUUGGCUGUGGAUGGGGGUUAUACACUUUAG